AGACAACACUUAUUUGUGUUUACCUAUGGCUUUAUUUUUGGCACAAAAGUAUUAAGAAUGUCAAGAAUGUUGAAUGGAGAGAUCACUGCUUUCUUUCUGUUUUUACUGAUUAUGGAUUUUUCGGUGAUUGAAAAUGCUGAAGAAGACCAUCAGAUAGUUUUCGACCAUUCUACAACAGAAAUCCCCCAAACUCUUAGAGCUGGUGUGACAGAGGUCUUUUUUGUGUCAAGCCAUAUUACAGAGAUCCCCAAAGGAGCUUUUACUGGACACCCAGAGCUUGUGAAAGUGGUUUUCAUGGGCACAAAAAUAUCAGCAAUUGAGCCUGGAGGAUUUAAUGGUUUGGUAAAUCUAAGAAGUCUUGAGAUCUCCAAUAAUCCAUUGACUUCAGUGCCUCUGGGUUUGUUUAAAGACAACAGUCUCCUGGACACAAUUAUUUUAAAGUUUAAUCAGUUUGUAACACUUGAGAAAGGAUUGUUUGAUGGUUUAAAUCAUUUAGAAGAUCUACAGCUGCAAGGAAAUAGAAUAGAAUUCAUUGAAGACCAAACAUUUGACGAUCUUGUCAAUCUUGAAAAGCUUCAAUUGGGUAAAAAUAAUCUCACUGCAGUCUCCACAAGCUGGUUCUCAAACCUGAAAAAAUUGAAUACUCUACGACUUUAUGAAAACCAACUGACUACAAUACCAGAGGAUCUUUUCACAAACUUACCGGACUUAAGGGAAGUAAGUUUGCAAGGAAACAAGAUCAAAGAACUGUCACCAAAUCUGUUUCCACAUAAAAAUAAGAUUAUUAAAUUGGAAUUAGAGAGUAAUCUUCUAACCAGUUUACCUGAAAAAUAUUUUGUUGGCUUUCCUAAGCUUAAAAUAUUAACCUUAAAGAAUAAUCAGCUGACGAACCUUCCACCAGUUCUUUUUGGGGAAAUGAAUGACAUGACUGAGCUCAGCCUCCAAAAAAACAAUCUCAGCACUCUUCCUAAGGGAAUCUUCAGAUCCUUGAAGAGAGUUAAGAAGUUAGAUCUCUCUGGAAAUCAGUUUGUGAAGUUGUCUUCUGAUUACUUUGAUGGCCUUGAGAGGCUCACUGAGCUUAAUGUCCAAAACAAUAUGAUACAGUCAUUGGAUGCACAAAUGUUUGAAAACCUUGGAUUAUUGUCCACAGUCAAGCUUGCCAACAACAGUCUAAGGACACUUCCUGGGGAUGUAUUUGAGUCGUUGACCAAACUUAAAAAGCUCUACCUUAGUGGCAACCCAUGGCAAUGUGACUGCAAUCUGAUAGACUUCUACCUCUGGAUAAUAAACAAUGGGGCUAAAGUCAAAUCGGAAGUGCUCUGUGAACAUCCAAAACAUUUAAAAGGACAGCAAAUCCAAUUGUUAAACAGGGAUCAGUUAAUUUGCCCCACCCUUCCACCCACAACCACCACCUUACUCACCACAAUACCAACUACAGUCCUAACAACAACACCUACAACUACUGUGGCUACCACCACCUUACUCACCACAAUACCAACAACAGUCCUAACAACAACACCUACAACUACUGUGGCUACCACCACCUUACUCACCACAAUACCAACAACAAUCCUAACAACAACACCUACAACUACUGUGGCUACCACCACCUUACUCACCACAAUACCAACAACAGUCCUAACAACACCAACAACUGCACUGCACACUACAAGACCCACCACCACUUUGCCAACCACUACACCCACAACAACACAACAAACCACUACAAUCCUCAAAACCACUACAUCAUCCACAACAGCUACUUCCACCAUAGGACAAACAACUAUGGCGCCAACAUACCAUACCAUGUUACCAACAACAACAACAACGAUGAUCACAACUUCUGUUAUGACAACCACUCCAACCACCACCACAACUACACCCCUCACCACAACAGCCAAACCAACGACCACACUAACAACUACAGCUUUAACAACUAAACUCACAACUACUGUAAAAACAACACUUUUGACAACCACCACAUUAACAACUCCACUCACAACUACACACUCAACUUCACUAACUACAACUCCCUAUAGAACUACCACCAUGCUGACCACAACUACACACACAACAUCUCCAACAACCAUGCUGAGGACAACCCUUCCAACAACCACUCAACCAGAGACUUCUAUUGCUCCAAAUCGUUUCAAAUUCACCUGCACUCCAGAGUUAAAUACUCCCUAUGUUCAUCACAUCAGCAGAAAAGUUCAAGAGUGCAAAACAUGGAUGAUAAUCUACACAUCUCUGCUUGUUGUGGAGAUCACCUACUCACUGGUGCUGGCUAAACUCACAGUUUCUCUUUAUAAGCUGCUGCAGCAAAGAGAAAGAAGGAAUUACAGACCUAUCAAACUCACUCAUUUUUCCUACAGAAGAGACGUAAUCCUGAAGCCUGUGCAGGAGGCAGAAACUCAAGGUCUUUUACGAUAAUUUUGAUGAUUAAAAUAUUUUGCAUUUCCCCCAACUGGAUAUUAUCAGCAAUUCCUCACACAAAGUUAAACAGUGUUGCAUCCCAACUCAACACUUGUAUUGGCUUCUUUUUUUUUGGUUUUAUUAUUUUUGUGCACAUCUCCUUUGAAAUCAAGUGAAAUGUUUCUUUGUUUUUCAAAGAUUGUGUUGGAAAUGUAUGAGUAUAUAUUUAUUUCACUCCAUCUAUAUAAAUCUGUGUUUUUUGACGAACAAUUGCAUGUUCUUCUACUUAAUUAUAAUUUUACAU